GUGCACACCAGGAUUGCGCAAGUUGAGUGCUGGCCGCGGCAGAGUGCUGGCUGCGGCAAGCAGCUGGCCAGGACCGGCCGGGAAGUGACCCGGCGGGUCGGCCGCAAACUGACGUGGACUGCGCUUACUAGCGUGCCUAUGAGCAACUGCAUUGCCACAGGACGGGUUUAGGCGAGGUCCUGUCGGAGUUUGGCACCAGCGAUGGGCUUCGGCUCCGGCCCUUCUCUGGGCUGGCAAGUUUAGCCUAAACAAAAUUGUUUGCACUAGAGAAAUUGCAAUAGUGCAUAGUAGAGUAAAGCUAGGUUGCUAGGCAAGUUCACGUAUUUGUUUUACAGUCGCUAGCUCAAACACCCAUCGAGCAAGCCCAAAGAGUUGAAUUUUGUAUAUGCUUUAGCGAAACAAUUCUGGGCUUGCAGAAUACAGGUCUUUCCGGCAUAGCCGACUCGAAUCGCAAGCAUGCGGGCUUUGCAGGCGCAAACUAAGCUUCGGCAACCACACGCGCAAUGUGCUGGAGCCGCCCACAUUGUUGUGGCGAAAAGGCACGCGUGCGUGGUGCAGCCCGCGCGCGAUGUCUCCGCGCGGGCCACGAAGACGAUAUCGCGUGACUGGGAUGACCUCGCAAACGCGGUGCCACGCGCCAACCCGGAGAAACGCGUGCUGCAGGACAUCAACUUCCGCGAGUUGGUGGAGCGCUGCACGGACUGGCACCAGCUGCAGGCGCUGGAGGCGGACCUGCGGGAGAGGUACGACCGCCAGGGCGGCCUGGCGGUGGCUGUGGUGGUGCGCGCCAGCGAGCUGCUGGACGUGGAGGCGGCGCCGGCGGCGGAGGUGCGGGCGCUGAGGGACAUGCUGGCAGGCAGUGUGGCGCCGUUCAUCGCCAACAAGGGCGUGCUCAGGUUCAAGCCCACAGUGGUGCCCACGCUGCUGUCGGCCCUGGCGGCGCUGCAGUACUCGGACCCCAAACUCAACGACGCCCUGCUCAAACUGCUCGAGAGCGGUGUGGAGCAGAUGAUGGUGCAGCCGGUGGUGUCGUCCGCCGCCGCCGCCGCCGCCCUGGGUGCGCGGCUGCCUCCGGGCCUGCUUGACAAGCUGGUGGCGCGGGUGGACUUUGCGAUGCGGCACCUGACGGCGGCGGACGUGGGCGACCUGGCCACCGCGCUGGCGCCCUACACACGGCUGCCCCCCAGCGCCAACGCCGUCUUCCUCUCCCGCCUGGCCGCCGCCGCCGAGCCGCACCUUGACGCCAUGUCGGGCGAGCAGCUGGUGGACCUGCUGACGCUGCUGGUGCGCGGCGGCGGCGGCGUGGCGGGCGGCCUGUCGGCGGCCUGGCUGGGCAGCUACACGGCGGCGCUCACGGCGGCACUGCCCGGGCUCACCACCCCCAAGAGCUAUGCGGCGCUGCUGUUUGCGCUGGCCAAAGGCUCUCUGGCCAUCACCGAGGACUUCCUGCAGGCGCUGCUCAACAGGCUGGCGGCGCCCGAGCCGCUGCCGCCCGCCCCUGCCGCCGCGCGCCGCCGCGCCGGCGUCACCAGGACCACCAGCCUGCUGGCCCGCAUGCAGCCCGCCGACCUGGCAGUGGUGGCGGCGGUGCUGUCCAUCUACGGCUACGUGCCGCCCGGAGCCGCCUGGGCCGACGAGUACCUGGGCGCAGUGGCGGACCGGGCGGCAGACAUGCAGGCGCAGCAGGUUGUGACCAUCGUGGACGCGUGUGUGGAGCUGGGGCUGCCGCUUGAUGGCGACACGCUGGACGAGCUGCUAGCGGUGGCGGAGGCGGGUCUGGACGCCCUGCCGCUGCCGCGACUGGGGCAGCUGGCGGCGGCGCUGGCGGCGGCGGGGCACAGCCCGGACGGCCCCUGGCUGCGGGCCUUCACGGCGGCGCUGGUGGCCGCUGCCGGUCGCGCCACGCGGCCCGAGCUGGCGGAGGUGGCGGCGGUGCUGCCGGCACUGGCCGGCGCCUUCCCGCCCGAGGGACCCGCCAUCACAGCCGUGUUGGAGGCCAUUCGGUCCCGGGCAGCGGCGCAACAGGGCCUGGAGUCCGGCACCUGCGCCGCCAUCGCGCAGUCGCUCACGCAGCUGGGCAUGACGGCGGCGGCGGCGGCGGCCUACGUGGAUAGCCUCAAGCCGCCGCCACCGGCAGCGGCGAAGCCGGCGCCGGCGGCGGCGCCGGCGGCGGCUUCGCCAAGGGCGACGACCGCGCGGAAGGGCAGCGAUGCGGCGCCAGCACCAGCGCCGGCGGCGCCAGCGGCGCCGGUGGCGCCGGCCGCCGCCGCCAGCGGGAAGGGAAGGGCGGCAGCGGCACCGAAGAAGGUGGUGGAGCAGGAGGAGGAGGAGGAGGAGGACGAGUAUGAGGACGAGGAGGAAGAGGAGGAGGUCGUCCGGCCGGCGGCGCGGCAGGUGCGGGCGGCGCGUCCGCAGCAGCCGGAGGAGGAGGUGGUGGUGUCGAGCACACGUGCCUCGACACGACGCCAGACGGCGGCGCCGGCAGCGCCGCCGCCCCCGCCGCCAGCGGCGCCGGCGGACGUGGAUGACGGCUUCGUGGCAAGCACUCGCGCGCGCCGGCGGCGGUGAUUGCCUGCUUCAGCAGGUUUCGGGUUGGGAGGGAAUGUAUGUUGGCAACAAUAGUGAACGCAUAGUUGUGCGCGGUCUCUGACAUGACGUGACGUUUGUUGAUAGGGGGGUCUGGGUGGUCACGAGCCCUGGAUGGGAGUCUGCGGUGGAGCAGCGGCCGCAAUAGGCUCCGUGACUGAAGCAGUGCAGGGCGCGGCGCUGUAGGGUUUCAAAGGGUGCUGCCGCGCGUUUUCUGUUAUGUUACGAUACACGCCUCAAAUGGUUGAUUGUUUUGGUGAUGGCGGUAGUGGCGUUGCUGAGGGUUGGCGACUGGACGCUGUGGGCUGUAGGGACGAAGGAGUUGAAUGCACGCUGACCCGCAGGCACCACACGCCUGUUCAGGCGAGAGCGUAUGAUUCUGUGCGGCUUCUGGCAUGUCCGCAUGGGAUUGAUAAAUAGGUAGUCUGGUUCGGCCGGAGACUGUGGUUUGUGUCCCCCCUCACGUCCCUGUGGCUGCCUCGUCACGUGCCUAAUACGCCACAGUGCCACACGCUUCAAAUGGUUAACUGUUGGCGCAGGGUUGGCGUAAGCGGAGGCUGGCACGCAGCUUUGCUAUGGGCUGUAAGAAGCUGAGAGC